AAAUAUGAUAAAAAAAAUCUUAAUUGUUAAAAGUGGAGAGAUAAAUGGUCAAAAUUUUGUGUAAGUGUAGUGUGUAAGUGGAUCCCUCCUUUUUAUAUGUAUAGAUAUACACACACGCACAAUGCAUAAAGAGAAAUUCAGGUGUGUUGCAAACUUGCUAUUCUUAUCUACUACCCUUUAUGCGAAUCUUUUCAACUGUCUUAAAUUUCAGAAGGAUGGAACAAACGAAUCCUUUGACGCUGGAAUGCUGACAGGUUAUUUGGCGGGAUCCUCAAAUGUUGCCUCCAAUAAUGAGGGAGAAUUGCAGUCCAGCUCUACUUGGACUAUGCCAUUGACUGCGGGUGCCAUGAAUUGUACUGGUACUGGAGUUAGUGAGUUAUUUUAGUAAUGAAUUUGCUCUGUCUUAAUUAAUAUUUUUUGGGUAUAUCUGGAGUUAGUAACUUGGUAUUACAGUGGUUUAAACCUGUGAACUUAAUCUCAAAUACAAGAUUAGGUUAAUAGGUCAAGUCAGUCAAAUUCUAGCUUGUUGAUUUUUGUCUUAAUUAAUUGUAGUGGGCUCAGUCUUGAAUCUAACAGGAAUAGGCACCCCAUCUGAGCCACCAAUAUCGGGGAGAGAGGAAGAACUAGCUGAAGUCCGAAGGGGCAAAAUGCCUGCAACUGUUGACAAUUGUGCUCCACCUCUUUUGCCAAUCAGUGGUUCUCAAUCUAGUAAGUUUAUGGCUAGCGCUAGCCAGACUGCAUGUCAAUCAGCCUUUGCGGAUGAUGGCAAUUGGAAAAUGGCACAAUAUGCACCAAAGCAGCACGUAAUUUCUUAUGGGACAUGUCAAAUGGAUGAUGCAUGUUUUAUGUUUAUGUUGUCUUAUCAUAGCUUUGGAUCAGAGUGUAGCGCACAGGAAAAGCUUAGCACAAGAAUAACAGUAAUUAUAUAAGCUAAAGCAUGAGUUUGUAAUCACACAUAGCUAUUAAUAUAGGUUUGUAAGUUCUUGAAAGAGAACACAGUCUAGUUAAGCUAGCUUGUACAUGACUGAAAUAGCUAAUAAUUUUCAGCAUCAAAGGUUUAACAAAAGACUGUAUGUAGCUGCCAGAAAGUAGAGGAGCAUAAGUGUUUACAAACAAAUAUAGUAAAGCUUAAUUGGAUACAAAAGGCUUACAAAAUAAUGAACUAAAGUCUAGUUAAUUAGGCAUAAACAGAAAUUAAAACCUGACAUGUUGUACAUCAACAAAAUAAGUUUUACUGCAUUUUAUAAUUAGUUAUAGCAUGCAGGAUUAGUGCAAACAUAAACACCAAAAACAAUCAAUAAGUAUAAACUAAAUGGCUAAGGAGUCCGCUGUCCACUAGUGUGCGCGUGUAUUCACACUCUUGUAUUCAAGUUAGUCUCAGUACAUCGCUACUGCAUGCGUAGAGGUCCACUAUUUUCAUUAGAUCCAUUACCUGUUAAACCAAAACAUAACCCUCACCUACAUAUAUACAAGAUCAUGUAUAACACAAUCUGUUUGUAAAUUAAAUCAUCAUUAGAAGCAUAUAAAUAUAUAUGUCUCAUUCAGCUUACAUUGAAUUUCUCUUAAGUUAGUCUUUGGACUUUGGCUGAUGACCAUAAAAGAAGUGGUGUGGGAGCUACUUUAGGGAUGGUAGUAUGGUUUUUCUAUCAUGUUAGCAUAUGAUCUGAGUAUGUGUAUACAGAAUAUGUGGUAGGUGUUUGGCUAUGGGGCUGGUUUAAGUGGAAUCUCCAUAUUCACAUGGACCUGGAGUUUCAAACUUCUCCCUGUUUCUUCCCUAUAUGGUUUUCAAGUCUUUUUUGUUUGUCUAUCUCAUUUCAAGGAUGUGGAUUGCCACCAUGGUGCAGUAAUCCCUCCAUAGUUAAUCUCCUAUUUGUCCUCUCUGCUUUAGAAUUUCAACCCAAGUGAAGGAUGAGGUAGUGAAAUACA